GCUGCACUGCUAUCCGCGAGGUUGGAGUAGCAGUGGCCAGUGCUAUAUAUGCGUGACCUGCGCCUCUAUCAGUCAAAUGAUAGUAGUUAAAUUAGAUACUGUCAGUAGUACCAUGGCUGCUGCCUCAGUUUCCGUUCAGACGAUCGUCCUCCUGCUCCUGGCCGUUGCCGCUGUGGCGUCGGCGCAGCUGUCGGCGACGUUCUACGACUCGUCCUGCCCGAGGGCGCUGGGCACCAUCAGGAGCGCCGUGACGGCGGCGGUCAACAGGGACCCCCGCAUGGGGGCCUCCCUGCUCAGGCUUCACUUCCACGACUGCUUCGUCCAGGCAAGUCCUCGGUCGUCGUCGUCUCUGCCGCUCGCUCGCUCGCUCAGCUCACGUACGUAUUCCGUUCCGUGGCGUGCACAGGGAUGCGAUGCGUCGGUGCUGCUGUCCGACAGGGGCAGCUUCACAGGGGAGCAGAACGCGUUCCCCAACCGGGGCUCGCUCAGGGGCUUCGACGUCGUCGACAGCAUCAAGGCGCAGGUCGAGGCCGUCUGCCCGCGGACCGUCUCCUGCGCCGACAUCCUCGCCGUCGCCGCGCGCGACUCCGUCGUAACCUUAGGAGGGCCGCCGUACACGGUGCUCUUGGGGAGGAGGGACUCCACCACGGCGAGCCUCUCGCAGGCCAACAGCGACCUCCCUUCUCCGGGCUCCAGCCUCGCCAGCCUCAUCAGCGGCUUCGCCAGGAAGGGGCUCACCACCACUGACAUGGUCGCGCUCUCAGGAGCUCACACGGUCGGGCAGGCGCAGUGCACCAACUUCCGGAGCCGGCUCUACGGCGAGUCCAACCUCAACCAGUCGGACGCGGCGGCGCUCAGGGCCAACUGCCCGCAGUCAGGCGGCGACGGCAACCUUGCGCCCAUGGACCUGGCGACGCCCAACACGUUCGACGCCGCCUUCUUCCGCGGCCUGCUCUCGCAGCGCGGGGUGCUGCACUCCGACCAGCAGCUCUUCAGCGGGGGCUCCACCGACGCGCUGGUGCAGAGCUACGCGUCCAACGCGGGGCAGUUCAGAAACGACUUCGCCGCGGCCAUGGUCCGCAUGGGCAGCAUCGGCGUGCUCACCGGCUCGCAGGGCCAGAUCAGGCUCAGUUGCUCCAGCGUCAACUGAGACUGAGACUGAGAGUCCGGCCUGCCUGGCCACCUGCUGUGCUGCUACGCGUGCACCCGCGAUUGAGAGAGCAUUGGGCCAACAACGGCCCAGGGUGUGGUGUGAUCGUGUCGUGGGUGCUGUGGACCUGUGGUGGAAUAAGAUUGUUGGGCCAUUUGUGUAUUUUUUAGAGAAAAAUAAAUUCAUAAUGUAAACUGUGAAGGCAACCGACAUGCACAUCUCGAAUGGCAAAUGUUUUUCUAUUUUUCUACUUGUAAUAAAA